GUUCUAACACCUUCUCCAUCACCAGAUGGGUCUGCUAUUUUCAUGGUCAUUAUUCCUUACACUCUUGCUUUCGGCUUCAGUUGCCGAGACUGUUCAUGGCGGGAACGAGACUGACCGACUAGCCCUGCUCUUGUUCAAGGCCCAAAUCACGGGCGAUCCUUUUGGAACUUUUGACUCGUGGAAUGAAUCCAUCCACUUCUGCCAAUGGGUUGGCGUAACAUGUGGCCGCCGUCACCGCACGAGGGUCAUUGGGUUGAACUUGGAUCAUCAAAAAUUGGAGGGACCCAUAUCGCCUCACAUUGGAAACCUGAGCUUUCUUAAGGAACUAUCGCUGAGUAACGACAGCUUCAGCCAUGAAACCCCUCCACAACUUGGCCGUUUGAAAAGGCUACAACUGCUAGAGAUGACUAACAAUUCAUUUACCGGUGAAAUUCCCGCCAACAUAUCUUUUUGCUCUAACCUCAUUACUCUUACCCUUGGUGGAAAUAUAUUAUUGGGGAAAAUCCCCGUGGAGCUUGAUUCCCUCUCUAAGCUACAGGUGCUGGAAUUUGCAAGUAACCAUCUCACUGGAGGAAUUCCUUCAUCGUUAGGUAAUCUAUCGUCUCUGAGAUGCUUCUCGGUGCAAGUUAAUAGUAUUGGUGGGAGUAUUCCUCAUGCACUGGGAAAAUUGAAAAAGCUAGAAGUUCUUGCACUUGGACAUUAUAUUUUGGUUGGUACCAUUCCUUUCUCUAUCUUUAAUGUCUCUUCUCUCACACAAUUUAAUGUGGGGUCUAACCAACUUCAAGGUAUGCUUCCCUCAGAACUCGGAAAUACUCUUCCUAAUCUUCGAUUCAUUGAAGUUAGCUUGAACUUAUACACUGGAUCAAUUCCCAUUUGCAUAUCAAAUGCCACCAAACUAUACCACAUUGGUUUCGCAGGUAACAAGUUUACCGGAAAAGUGCCUUAUUUGGAGAAGUUGAAAAAUCUUGGGCGGUUAAUCUUGGCUGAAAAUCAUUUCGGAUAUGGGGAAGCUGAUGACUUGAGUUUUCCCAAUUCUUUAACCAAUGCUACGCAUUUCACCCAUCUAUUUCUGACCACAAACAAUUUCGGAGGGUUAUUACCCAACACGAUCAGCAAUUUCUCAACUAAUAUGGUCACUUUGCACAUAGAUAACAAUAAAAUAGUUGGGAGCAUCCCAACUAGACUAGCGAAUCUGGUCAAUUUACAAAUUCUUUGUCUAUCUGUCAACCGUUUGACAGGUCAAGUUCCUUCUGAUAUUGGUAAGCUUCAAAAUUUAGAGUUUUUGGGUCUCUUCGGUAACAAAUUCUACGGGAACAUCCCGUCGUCCAUCGGAAAUUUAACUCGAUUAACAAAACUUCUACUGUAUGAAAACAAUCUUCAUGGAAGCAUCCCUUCAAGUGUGGGCAAAUGCCAAAUGUUGGUGCACCUAAGACUUCAUCAAAACAAUCUUAUCGGUACCGUACCUAGAGAAGUUAUGAGUCUCUCAUCACUAGUCCAUUUGCACAUUUCUCGAAACAAUUUGACUGGUUCUCUUCCAAUGGAAAUUGGAAUUUUAAAAAAUCUCGAGGAACUAUAUGUUUCUGAGAACAUGUUAUCUAGUGAAAUUCCAAGCAGUCUUGGUAGCUGCAUAAAAUUGAGAUUGCUAUACAUGGAGGGUAACAAAUUCUCGGGUGCGCUUCCUUCAUCUUUAAGUAACUUGAGAGGUAUGGAGGAAAUAGAUAUUUCUCACAGCAAUUUCUCAGGACAAAUCCCAACUAUUUCGAGGACUUUCACUUCUUGCACAAAUUGAAUCUGUCAUUCAAUGAUUUUGAAGGAGUGGUACCACAAAGAGGCAUCUAUGGAAAUGUGACUGCAAUUUCUGUCAAGCGAAAUAAUAAGCUCUGUGGAGGUAUAGUUGAAUUGGAGCUACAAAGUUGCAACUCCAAAGGGUUUACAAAGAAAAGAUCUUCUCGUACCAUGAUUUUAAUAAUCUCGAUAGCUUGUGGGCUCCUAGGACUAUGUCUAAUGUUGUGUUUCCUUUAUCGCUGCUCGUUUAGAAAGAAAACAAAUGUAUCUUCUUUCAGGUUAUUAGGGAACUCGUUUCUGGAAUUGUCGUACCGAAGUCUACUUAAAGCUACUGAUGGGUUCUCUCCAGCCAAUUUGAUUGGCGUCGGUGGCUUUGGGUCAGUGUAUAGAGGAACUAUUGAUCAUGGAGAAAAAGUUGUUGCAAUUAAGGUACUAAAUCUUCAAGCCGCUGGAGCUUCCAAGAGUUUCAUAGCCGAGUGUAAAGCCUUGAAGAAUAUCAAACACCGAAAUCUUGUUAAGGUGCUCACAGCAUGUUCAAGUGUUGAUUAUCAAGGCAAUGAUUUCAAAGCUCUCGUAUAUGAAUUCAUGGUCAAUGGAAGCCUCGAGGAGUGGUUGCAUCCAAAUGAGAAUGGACAUGGGGUGCGUAAUGAGUCAAGAAGUUUAAAUCUUUUUCAGAGGUUAAACAUUGCAAUUGAUGUUGCUUCUGCACUUGAUUAUCUCCACCAUCAUAUCUCAUAACCAAUUCUUCACUGUGAUUUGAAGCCCAACAAUGUUCUUCUAAAUGAAGAAAUGACUGCACAUGUAGCUGAUUUUGGGCUAGCAAGAUUCUUUCGAGAUACUACAUGUACUUCGUCUGUGAAUCAAUCAAGUUCCAUUGGCAUAAAGGGGUCUAUUGGUUAUGCUGCUCCAGAGUAUGGCAUGGGAAAUGAAGUGUCAACAUCCGGUGAUGUGUAUAGUUAUGGAAUCCUUGUAUUGGAGAUGUUUACAGCCAAGAGACCUACUGAUAUCAUGUUUAUUGAUGGUAUGUCUCUCCACAACUUUGCUAAGAUAACUCUCCCUGAACAAGUGGAGACCAUUCUUGAUCCAACACUGCUUCAACAAAGAGAACAAGGGCAGCAAGCUCAAGCAUCAACAAUGGUCGUAGCCAAAGUUUUGCUGGAAGUCACAAGGUUCGGGAGAUCUUGAUUUCAAUACUUAAUGUUGGGACUGCCUGCUCAGAAGAACUUCCUAGAGAUCGACCGGCGAUGCAUGACGUUCUUACUCGGUUGCAUGCAUCCAAGAAGACUCUUCUUGGAGAUUGAAAAUGGAUCAGGGUUAAAGUGUGACCGUGACUAGCUAGGUAUGAACCCUACUUCACGUUUUCAAUUGUCUCAAUGCCUACAUUUCUUACUAAGCCAGCAAUAUUUAGUUUGGUUAAACUCUGUACGAAACCAGCAAUCUUUAGUUUCCUGUGUGUUUGUACCAUAUUUCAUCGCCUGUCGAUGAUCGAUCGAAAAGUGGCAAUUAUGAGAGUGUUUUCUAUUUUAUUA